AUGGCGGAUGCAGCACCCCCAGUCUCUUUCAAAAAGCGCUCGGUCAAAAAGGGAAACUUCCGCAAGAAGCCUGAAUCGCCACCUCCCGACGCGGAUUCCGACUCGAGCUUCAUAUCCUCCGACGACGAAGAAGGCCACAGAAUCAAGAGACGUCGGAAGAACGCAGUAGUGUCUGCAUCAUCGGCAUCAAAUGCGCGACGAUCAAACAACUCCGAUGAGCCUGUUGCCGCCGCGGCUGCUCCUUUAGCCCCGUCCAACGACGCCACCAAACACUCCAACUGGUACGAUGAUGAAUUGAACACAAAGAACCUCUUAGGGUCCACACGAGCUCGCCCAGAGUCCUCCACCGCGGAUGCGCCUGACGGUACCUAUAAGGGCGCAGCCAACUACCAGUCGUUCAUUCAGAAAAACCCCAACGCCCCAACGAAGCAGUUUGGCCCCAUCAAAGCGCCAACCAAUGUGCGGACAGUGACAUACAUGGAUUAUGCGCCCGACGUUUGUAAGGACUACAAACUCACCGGAUACUGUGGUUUCGGAGAUUCCUGCAAGUUCAGUCAUAUGCGCGAAGAUUAUAAGCAGGGCUGGGAGUUAGAUCGGGACUGGGACGUCAACACAAAAGGCAAAAACGUGGCCGGCAAGGUGGUAUCACAACGGGGUGACAAAACGGGCGAUAAUGAAGAUGACGACGAGGAGGAGCUGGAAAAUAUCCCCUUCGCAUGCAUCAUCUGCAAAAGGCCGUACCAGAAUCCCAUCAUUACAAAAUGUGGUCACUACUUCUGCGAGGCAUGCGCUCUACAGCGUUAUCGAAAGAGUCCAUCCUGCGCUGCCUGCGGGGCUGGCACUGGCGGGGUUUUCAACGUUGCGAAGAAACUCAACAGCUUGCUCGAGAAGAAGAGAGAGCGCGCGCGGCAGCGACGAGAACAGGCCAUUGCUGAUGGCGAGGAAGUUAGCAGCGAGGAAGAC